AUGGGCAGUGUCUGGAACGGCAGCAACAGCCCCGAGGGCGCGCAGGAGCCGCCGUGGGCCGCGCUGCCGCCUUGCGACGAGCGCCGCUGCUCGCCCUUUCCCCUGGGGACGCUGGUGCCAGUGACCGCCGUGUGCCUGGGCCUGUUCGCCGUCGGCGUGAGCGGCAACGCGGUGACCGUGCUGCUGAUCGCGCGCUGCCGGGACCUGCGGACCACCACCGACCUGUACUUGGGCAGCAUGGCCGUGUCCGACCUGCUCAUCCUACUCGGGCUCCCCUUCGACCUGUACCGCCUCUGGCGCUCACGGCCCUGGGUGUUCGGGCCGCUGCUGUGCCGUCUGUCGCUCUACCUGGGCGAGGGCUGCACCUACGCGUCGUUGCUGCACGUGACGGCCCUGAGCGCCGAGCGCUACCUGGCCAUCUGCCGCCCGCUCCGGGCCCGUGUCCUCGUCACCCGGCGCCGCGUCCGCGCGCUCAUCGCGGCGCUCUGGAUCGUGGCGCUGCUCUCCGCCGGGCCCUUCUUCUUCCUCGUGGGCGUCGAGCAGGACCCCGGCGUCUACGCGGCCCCGGAUUUCAACGGCACUGAGUGGGUCGCGCCCUCGGCCUCUGCCUGGCCGUCGCCCCUCCGGCCCUCUGGGGCACCACCCCUGUCCCCGCAGUCUGGGCCCGAGGCCGCGGCGCUGUUCAGCCGCGAGUGCCGGCCGAGCCGCGCUCAGCUGGGUGCGCUGCGCGUCAUGCUGUGGGUCACCACCGCCUAUUUCUUCCUGCCCUUCCUGUGCCUCAGCGUCCUCCACGGGCUCAUCGGGCGGGAGCUGUGGAGCAGCCGGGGACCGCUGCGAGGCCCGGCAGUCUCCGGGAGGGACAGGGGCCACAGGCGGACCGUCCGCGUGCUGCUGGUGGUGGUUCUGGCAUUUAUAGUUUGCUGGUUGCCUUUCCACGUUGGCAGAAUUAUUUACAUAAACACGAAAGAUUCCCGGAUGAUGUACUUCUCGCAGUACUUUAACGUCGUUGCUCUGCAACUGUUCUAUCUGAGUGCAUCCAUCAAUCCCAUCCUCUACAACCUCAUUUCAAAGAAGUACAGAGCAGCGGCCUGGAAACUGCUGCUCUCAAGACAGCCCAGGCUGAGAGGUUUCUGCAGAAGCAGGGACUCUGCGGGGGACACACCUGGCUGCACAGAGACCACCACUGAUAUAAAGAUGACUUUGUAA